AAUGGUUAGGAAGAAGAAGAUAGCAAUUGAUUUGUACUUAGAAUGGUUUCCUCCAAGAGUUAGAGGUAAUGGAAAAGGUUACGUACAGCCAAUGGCUGGGUUGGAGAUUGGUUCAGAUAGUUUGCGUUUGAGUUUGCCAACCACCGAUGCCAGAGGUUUGGAUUAUGCUAUAUAUUUGGCUGUAAUGCAGUCACCUUUUUUUGCUCCGCUUGGUGAAUGCAAUGUAGACUAG